AGUACGUACUCUCAACACAGCGGAACACGUUUGUUUCAGUUUGUUGUCAUUGUGGUGGGAGAUUUAGCAGAGCUGAGCUAAAACUAACAAAAGUCGUCCUAUUCCGUACAGAUAAACUGGAUAGACAGAAAUUUAUGGAUUAACAAAAUGGCUGAGCCCAUCAUCAAAUCGAGACAAGCACAAAAAGAAGUGAAUGGAAUCUCAACAGAAGUUGUCUGCACACAGUUCAGUAAUUACAUAUUUGUGGUCCUUACCCAGUACGGCAAAAUCGGGACAUUGAUUUCGGUCACACCUGACUCCCGAUCUAAUGAUAUCAGCACCCCCACGUUCUCCACUAAAGUGCUGCUGGGCAAAGAUGAGCCUUUGACUCAUGUCUGUGCUAAAAACCUGGCCACGUUUGUAUCCCUCGAAGCUGGAAACAGGCCUGUCUUACUGGGACUGGCCCUGAAGGAUUCCUCCAUAGACACAAUACAAGAAAUCAAAGAGAUCAUCAAAAGUUGUAAAGUGUGGUAGAAAGUCAGAGCCCCAAAAAUAAUGUCGGUAACUAAAAAGACCUGGUGAAAUAACGGUAGAUGCUCCUACCAGUGUCAUAUUUUGUAAAAUGAUAUAAAAUAUUACUUUUUUGUAUUUUGAAAUUCAUUAGCAAGGUUUUGUAUUACUUGGAAUGUUCAGAAAUAAAAUUCUUUAAUGACAAGUUCAAGAUACUA